AUGAUCAUAAGCAGCAACAAGAAAGAUAUAUCUACCAAAGAAGACCAAGGCGAUGAUGAUGAGGAGGUGAUCAUCACAUCGAAACUUCAAAAAUCAAGAAAGCCACAGCACACGUCAUCGCCAGUUAUAAGCCACCACGUGUCACUGUCACUCUUGUCGUCCCCUGAUGAUUUAUCACACUCUCGCGCUUCGGUUCCUUUCUCCUGGGAAGAAGAACCUGGCAAGCCUAAACACCACCAUGCUCUUCGAGCUCCUCCUUACUCCAAGCGUCUUCAUUUGCCUCCGAGGCUGCUCCUUCCUCUUAAAUUUACCAAAAUGCCCCUUGCUUGA